GAGAGAGAGAGAGAGAGAGAGAGGGAGGGAGAGAGAGAGAGAGCGACGGCAAAGGCGAAGAGCAACGAUCGUGACUCGAUAAGAAUUGCGCGCGGUAAAAACGAACGGCCGACGAAAGACAUGGAAAAAAAUUGGAACAGCGUAGCGAAGAAAAGGUUAUACGUAUGCACGAUACGCGUGUAGAUCGCGCGCUUACGAGUGGACGAGCGGUGGAAGUACGUAGCGCGAAGGGUGAAUACGAAACGCGAACACGAAGGAACACGAGAACACGACGCAUGCUCCGAAGCAUUUUCCCAGGGUGAUUUCUUCGACGAAGCGAACCUGGCAGACCGUCGUUCGGUCGUUACGAGGAUGAAUCGGUGAUCGGACGUAUCGCGAAUCGCGAACUACGAUAUGGAACAGGUGUAUCGAUUGCUAUUAGCGAGUCUUACGGUAUCGCGUUCCGUGAAAGUAAGCAGCAUCGGUGAUUCGAACGAUCGAUCGAAUUAAACGGUAACGAGAGACGUGUUUGUGCGAGUGAGAGAGAGAGAGAGAGAGAGUGAAAGAGAGAGUGACACACGGCAUCGGUACACGCGUACACACGCAACGGUCGAGGAAAGAAGUUGUCGAGGGACGAGGGGAUCCGUUUGAAAAUCAUCGCGAUAGAAUCGUUGGAAGUCGGUUCGAUCGAAAGUAGAGUUAUGGCCGGCUGAACGCGAUAUCCGACGAGAGAGGCGGCGGGUGGCGACCAUCUGGAUGCGUACCGACGUCGGAUAGAGGGGAUCCGGGCAUCGCUGUAAAACGAAUGCGCACCACCUGUAGCUCGAUAUCUACGCCCGAAAGGUCAACCGCCCCAUCGUUCUCGAAUUUCUGCCGAAACGAUAAUUUCGAGCCGUGGGGUUUCACUCUGAAAAGAAGAAGGAGAAGAACCGAAGCGAGAAGAAAGCGAAGAAAUGAGGAAUAUAGAACGAGAGGUGGGAAAAGAGGAAUUGUAACGGAAGAAGAAGAAGAAGAAGAAGAAGAAGAAGAAGAAGAAGAAGAAGAGAGUCUGCGUUGUUCCAUAGUUGCGACUUUUCCUCGAUAAAUUAAAAUUAGUCCGGGGAACGAUGCCCGUUGGCGGAUUCGUCGAGAUCUAAACGCGUUUCCGUCGUACGCGACGGAUAAUCGUUGCAUCGAAAUCGUGUGAUUCGAAUCGAAUCGAAUCGAAUCGACGUUAACGAUGACCGAAGGGGCUACGAACAAAUGGAGCAUCGAGGAACGGGAGAAAAUGUUGUCUACCGGAACGUUGGAUCAGAAGAAAGACGCUUUUAAAGACGACGAGGAACUUAUGAAGGGAACGUCGGAGUUCGUCAAGGGCGUUAUAGAAACAGCGUCCACGGAAGCAUCGAAAAGGAAACUCUACUCGGAGGGAAGCGGCGUCCACGAAGGAUCCGGACUGAAAGGUACCGACGGUAUCGCUGGCUGGAACCAUCGUGCACGUGGAUUCUGCAACCGAAUACUGAACGCGCUCUGCCCGUGCUUGAACAGCAAUGGUAAAUCGUAGGGUGUUUCAAAGUGUAGUUGUCCCAUGCUCGACUCUACGCAAAUAUCACCCGUCACCGCAUCUCCCGAUAUCGUAGCUUUGCAUCGCUCUCGUCGACGAGACUCGUACCCCGACACGAUCGUACGAUGAACUACGCGAGUCUCGCGUACGUACAGCUUCAUCCAUGGAGGACGGAUUGGAACGGAUCGGAUCGGAUCGAAUCGAAUCGACCCGAGACAACGAACGAUCGAAUUUAUACGUUGUAGCUACGUUUUCUCGGGAAUGCGCGGUAUUUGAAACGAAAGCGACGCGGAGUACAUAGAUCGAAGAGGCGAAUGGCGGGGACACGACGGAAAACGUUUGGUCGGACAAUUAAAGAAACCGAAGGCUACGGUACGGCGUACCCGUGGA